AUGGCGGCUUGGAGCUUGCCAAAGACUGUCACUCCAAGUGCCAAGAAUAGGAGCAGCCGUGAAAGCAAUCCCAAGCAACGGUGUGAACCAACGGCGACCAAAUUGGGCUCCCUCGACGAAACAGCUCUCAACAGCCAGUCACACUUAUGGUUUGGCCAGGAUCCGGGUAUCAAUUUUGGCGGCAACCCCCGUAGACAUCGAGACGUGGCAAAAAUGAAGGGGUAUCUUUUGUGCGUCCUAGCCGAAAAAGCUUGUCAGAGUCCCAAAAUCCAAGACGAGUAUAUCAAAGGCAACAUGAUGAAACAACGCAAUACCUCUCUCCUUGCCCUUUGGUGGGUGUUCUUCUCGGCACUGUGUUUUCCAGCACAUGCCCAGAACCUGCGUAUCGGUACCAUCCCACGCAGUGAGAACUCCCGCAAACUUGAACCUGGCGAGAAUUUGCGCAAUGUCAAGUCCAAAAUCAACUCUUUUCUAAGCUCGCAUCCUUCUACUUACAAGAGGCCUGACAGUGAUAGAGUCCGGAGGACACAGGAGGGCAUUCAGUAUCGCUAUGAAGUUGUCACAGGUGCGAUUCUAACGGUCCCAAGAGCCGCAGUCCCCAAUUCAGAGAUUCGAGCCUUUGAACGCCUUUCCCAAACGUUUUAUACUCGGGUUAUUGCGUCUACCUAUCCUCAGUCCUUUCAGAGUAUCAGCUUGGUGCCAAUCGCAAGAAUCCCGAUUGACGACCCAUUCAUUGUCGCCGUUGCAUUCGACACCACGGUCAAUUUUCGAAUUCAGGGAAGUGUCCCAUCAGUGGUUGAUGUUUUCUUUACUUUGGAGCUUGCAGCUACCGAAACGUACACUUUUGAAUUCCUUUUUAACUUUGCUCGGAUGGCAGGGCCAAGUUUUGAGGAUGCCAUCGAUGCAGCUGGUUUUGUGAUUACUAUUGGAGAGGGACAACCCACACGGGCGCCAACCCCUGCCCCCCAACCCACGGAUCCACCAAGCACCCCAGGACCAACGCCUACUCAACCCACCACCAUGGUGCCAUCUCCACCACCAAGCACUCCCGUACCAUCAACGGCCGCACCUGUCACUCCUGCACCAUCCACGGCUGCACCAGUUUCUGGAGCACCCGUCACGGCUGCACCCUCCACGGCCGCACCUGUCACUCCUGCACCAUCCACGGCUGCACCAGUUUCUGAGCACCCGUCACGGCUGCACCCUCCACGGCCGCACCUGUCACUCCUGCACCAUCCACGGCUGCACCAGUUUCUGGAGCACCCGUCACGGCUGCACCCUCCACGGAAGCGCCGCACCAGUGACUGUCGCACCCACCACGGAAGCACCAGUGACUGUCGCACACCCACCACGGAAGCACCAGUGACUGUCGCACCCACCACGGAAGCACCAGUGACUGUCGCACCCACCACGGAAGCACCAGUGACUGUCGCACCCACCACGGAAGCACCAGUGACUGUUGCACCCACCACGGAAGCACCCGUCACUGUCGCACCCACCACGGAAGCACCCGUCACUGUCGCACCCACCACGGAAGCCCCAGUGACUGCUGCCCCAUCGACUGCGUCACCAUCCCCACCCACCGGUGGUGGAACUAUCAUUGAAAAUCAAAGAGGAAACAAGAGAACCCACAACCACAAUCAUUGA